ACAUGUUAUGAAUUAACUUGUGCAACGUACCCCCUAAAAAAGAUUCCUUUGCCAUCUAAUAUUAGAUAUCUAAAAAAAUGUCUUUAGAACACUACUCACGGUGGCUUCUUUCAGUGCAGCUGCUGCUGCUGUAUUCAAUGGUGGCAACUGCAUCAAAAGUUCCGGCGCUCAUCGUGUUCGGCGACUCGUCGGUCGAUUCGGGGAACAACAACUACAUACAAACCGUAGCGAGGAGCAACUUCAGGCCUUACGGCCGCGACUUGGGAGGCGGGUCGCCCACCGGACGCUUCUCCAACGGCCGGCUCACGACCGAUUUUCUUUCCGAGGCCCUCGGGCUCCCGCAGCUCGUGCCGGCAUACCUCAACCCCAACAUGUCGAUUGCGGAGUUCGCCUCUGGUGUUUGCUUCGCCUCUGCAGGCACUGGCUAUGACAACGCCACUUCCGAUGUUCUGUCCGUGAUACCACUAUGGAAGGAGUUGGAAUACUUCAAAGAGUACCGGGAGAAACUGAAGAGCUUCCAAGGCGAAGCCAAAGCACAGGAAACACUAAGCGAGGCUCUCUACGUGAUGAGUUUGGGGACCAACGACUUCGUCGAGAACUACUAUGUGCUGCCGCACCGGCCGUCGCAGUUCACGGUGGCUGAGUACGAGGACUUCCUGGUCGGAAUCGCCGAGGAGUUCGUCCGCAGCAUCUACAAGCUGGGGGCCCGCAAAGUCGAGCUCACCGGGCUCCCGCCGAUGGGAUGCUUGCCGUUGGAACGCGUCAAGAUUAAUCCCAUUCUCAGGGGUUGCUACGAGGAGUACAACAAGGUGGCCUGGGACUUCAACAUCAAGCUGCAGAAGUUGGUGGACAAUCUCAACCAAAACCUGGCUGGUAUCAGGAUAGUGUACGGGGAUGUGUAUGAUAUUUUGUUUGAUGCCGUCCAAAAUUCAUCUUCUUAUGGGUUUGAGAACGUAGUGGUUGGGUGCUGUGGAACGGGGCUGUUUGAGAUGAGCUACAUGUGCAACCGGAGGAGCCCAUUUACAUGCUCAGAUGCUAACAAGUAUGCAUUUUGGGAUUCAAUGCACCCAACAGAGAGGCUAAAUAACAUAAUAGCCGAUAAACUUAUGAACACCACACUGCAUGUAUUUCUCUGAGAUGUUUAGUUAAUUGCGUGCAUGUUAUAACCGACAUUGCAUGUAUUUCUCUGAGUCUAUCAGUUAAUUGCAUGCAUGAUAUAUGUAACCAAUCAUUCAUGCAAUGUUCUUCGUUAAAAAUUAUAAACAAUUGUAAGCUUAAGAAAAUUUAAAAAAAAAGUUACAUCGAUAUUUGUUCUUGUAUAUGAGCUGUUUGCUCAAAGUGGAAGCUAGUGAGAAGACUCA